AUGACCUGCGCUGGCAGCUCAUACUCAGUGCAAUCAUCUACCACACCCUCUACCACACCCUCUACCACACCCUCUACCACACCAUCUACCACACCCUCUACCACACCCUCUACCACACCAUCUACCACACCCUCUACCACACCCUCUACCACACCCUCUACCACACCCUCUACCACACCAUCUACCACACCAUCUACCACACCCUCUACCACACUGUCUACCACACCCUCCACCACACCCUCCACCACACCAUCUACCACACCCUCCACCACACCCUCUACCACACCCUCCACCACACCCUCUACCACACCCUCUACCACACCCUCUACCACACCCUCUACCACACCGUCUACCACACCGUCUAACACCGUCUACCACACCCUCUACCACACUGUCUACCACACCCUCUACCACACCCUCUACCACACCAUCUACCACACCCUCUACCACACCCUCUACCACACCCUCCACCACACCCUCUACCACACUGUCUACCACACCCUCCACCACACCCUCCACCACACCCUCCACCACACCCUCUACCACACCCUCUACCACACCCUCUACCACACCCUCUACCACACCCUCUACCACACGCUCCACCACACCCUCUACCACACCCUCUACCACACCCUCUACCACACCCUCUACCACACCCUCUACUACACCCUCUACCACACCCUCUACCACACCCUCUACCACACCAUCUACCACUCCCUCUACCACACCCUCUACUACACCCUCUACCACACCCUCUACCACACCCUCUACCACACCAUCUACCACACUGUCUACCACACCCUCCACCACACCCUCUACCACUCCCUCUACCACACCCUCUACUACACCCUCUACCACCACCCUCUACCACACCCUCUACCACACCCUCUACCACACUGUCUACCACACCCUCUACCACUCCCUCUACCACACCCUCUACUACACCCUCUACCACACCCUCUACCACACCCUCUACCACACCAUCUACCACACUGUCUACCACACCCUCUACCACACCCUCUACCACACUGUCUACCACACCCUCUACCACACCCUCUACCACACCCUCUACCACACCAUCCACCACACCCUCUACCACACCCUCCACCACACCCUCUACCACACCCUCUACCACACCCUCUACCACACCAUCUACCACACCCUCUACCACUCCAUCUACCACACCCUCUACCACACCCUCUACCACACCAUCUACCACACCCUCUACCACUCCAUCUACCACACCCUCUACCACACCCUCUACCACACUGUCUACCACACCCUCUACCACAUAUCUACCACACCCUCUACCACACCAUCUACCACACCCUCUACCACACCCUCUACCACACUGUCUACCACACCCUCUACCACAUAUCUACCACACCCUCUACCACACCCUCCACCACACCCUCUACCACACCAUCUAACCCUGUACAUCUGUGA